AUGAAUAAAUUAUUAAUUUUGCUUCUUACGGUUUUCUUCAUUCUAAGUAACGUUACGGAAUCUUCGGUGUUAAAAAAAAGACAUGGUCCGUUUACAGCUUGUGCCGGACAAUACCCCAAUACAGUUAGCAUUACACUUUCUCCAAACAAAUUAGUUUAUGGUCAACAUGCAACUAUUACACUUGUGGGGACUAGCAAGGUGCCAAUUUAUCAAGGAGCUCGGUAUGAAAUAGCGAUCGAUCGAGAUGAUAAUACAAGCAUCAUGAAUGCUUCUUUUGAUAUUUGUGCUUCUGUUGGAACUAAUUGUCCCUUACCUGCUGGAAAUAAUGUGAUCAGCUUAUCGUUUCCGAUGCCUCUUGUUUCUCCAGUAGCUCAAGAUGGAAAGAAUUAUUAUUAUUCCAUGGCUUUUUCAAUCAAAAAUGCUGAUCAGACUUACUUAUCUUGUGUUCUUGGUUAUGUUGAUUUUGCUUAA